GCCACAACAAUAAUAUCCUAUGUCAAAAUAUCAUAGAAUAAAGAUAAUAUGAUSGAAGAUCGAAUACUUACCUUAUUUUUAUAAUUAAUAACGAUUUGUUACGUUUCUCGACUUCUUGGCUCUUGCCCCGUGGACCAAUACCUAAUUUUUAAUUUUUUUCAUUAACUUUACUAUUGUUCUGUAUUAUUAACGCUAUCCAGUAUGUCCAUCGAAUUUAAAAAACGUAAAGUUGUGCAAAACCGACGUAGGCGAGCUACGUCAGAUAGUGAAAACAGUGAUGAAGAAAGUGCUGUUGUUUUAAACGAAAAACGAAAUAAAAAAUGCAGCCCAUUUAUACAAAGUACUUCAAACAAAAAGCUCAAAGCAUCUGAACCGUUACAUGAUUCUUCAGAGAGUGAUAAUGAAUCUGUCGGUGUUUCAUAUCGYUCUAAAAUGGACACCGACAUGAGUGGACCAAAGGACAUGGGUGCAACAGCAACAAUUGAAAUAGAUACUGAACUUGACAAAGAUGCCCAAGCUAUCUAUGAACGUUCUUUACAAGUGAAUAAAGAACUUAAAGGUAAAGAAGAUGACAAGGUUUAUAGAGGUUUAGCAAAUUAUACUCAAUAUUAUGAGAAAAAAGAUACAGCUUUAGGUAAUGCAUCUAGUGGGAUGGUACGCAAAGGACCUAUAAGAGCACCAGCAAAUUUACGUUCUACUGUUCGUUGGGAUUAUCAACCUGAUAUUUGUAAAGAUUAUAAAGAAACUGGUUUUUGUGGUUUUGGUGACAGUUGUAAAUUCUUACAUGAUCGUUCAGAUUAUAAAUUUGGGUGGCAAUUAGAAAUGGAAUCUUCUCAACAAUGUGAUUCUGAUGAUGAUGAUCCAUCAAAGUAUGAAAUUAAAGAAAAUGAUGAAGAUUUUCUGCCUUUUAAAUGUUUGAUUUGUCGAGGAUCUUAUGUCAACCCUGUAAUGACAAAAUGUAAACAUUAUUUCUGUGAAAAAUGUGCUUUAGCACAUUUCAAAAAGAGCACUAAAUGUUUCGUUUGUGAGAAACAAACUGGAGGAUUUUUUGAUCCAGCUAAAAAUAUUAUUGAAAGACUUAAUGCAGCUAAUACAGACAUAAUACAUGAAUGCAAUUCAGACGAAGAAUCAGAUUAAGUAAUAUAUUAUUAUAAUAUACCUAUUACCUAAGUAUCAAAAAAUAUGUAAUAUAAUACCAUAGUUGUAAAUGCUUAAAAAAUGUGUAUUAAAAAAACUUUCUCCUCUAUAGUGUUUACAGUACAAUAGAAAUCUUUUUUUUUUAUUUUAGAUUUAUAAACUACCUUCAUUCAGUACAAAAACUGUGGAUGAUCUGUGUUAUUAAUCUUAAUAUAAGAAACUACUAACUAAUUAAAACAAACAUAUUGUAUUAAUUUAAUGUUCCAAAAUAUUAUGAUUGAAUUCUAGAACUCUAUGAGAAAAAUA